CUGUGGAGCAGAGAAUGUGGAGGUACCGACGGAACAGAAGGUUUAUGUGCGAAUGUCACAAGCAAGGAAUCCCAAGGUAGCCUUGUCUUCCCAGAAGAGCCACCCCUGUGAGAGUUGUGGCCUGGUCUUGGGAAAUAUUUUCCAUGUGAUAGAGUUGCAGGGAACACAACAUGAACAGAUACUGUUGAGGUGUGGGGCAUGUGCAAGACGGUUUGACUUCAGUGUAAAAUUUCACCAGCAGCAUGUGAGAGAGAAGACUUUCAUUAGAGGUGUGGACAGGAUCUCACUUGCAAACAGCUGCAAUUUCAAUGUGUUCCAGAAUCGUUUCACAUGCGAGGAGGUUGGGCAGGGUGUCCUUACCGAUUCAGGAUAUCUCCACCGAAAUGUUCCUCAGACCAAAAACAGUCCACGGAGCACUGGUCUCCAAUAUCAUCAGAGAGUUCACACUGGAGAAAAGCCUUAUCAAUGCAGUGAGUGUGAGAAAACUUUUACCAGGAACACCAACCUUCAUAGUCAUCAAAGAGUCCAUACAGGAGAAAAGCCUUAUAAAUGCAGUGAAUGUGGGAAAUCCUUUACCUUCAAAGCUGCUCUGUUUUAUCAUCAGAAGGUUCACACAGGAGAAAAACCUUAUAAAUCUAGUAAAUGUGAAAAGUCUUUUACAAAUAGCACUCAUCGCAAAUAUCAUCAGAUAUUUCACACAGGAGAAAAUCCUUAUAAAUGUAGUGAAUGUGGAAAGUCUUUUACCAGUCUCCCUGGUCUCCAAUAUCAUCAGAGAGUUCACACAGGAGAAAAGCCUUUUCAAUGCUGUGAAUGUGGGAAAUAUUUUACCGGGAACAGUGAUCUUCGCCGUCAUCAGAGAGUUCAUACAGGAGAAAAGCCUUAUAAAUGCAGUGAAUGUGGGAAAUCUUUUUCCCGUCGCCCUGGUCUCCAAUAUCAUCAGAGAGUUCACAGAGGAGAAAAGCCUUAUAAAUGCCAUGAAUGUGGGAAAUCUUUUACCGCUAACAAGCAUCUUCAUAGUCAUCAGAGAAUUCAUACAGGAGAAAAGCGUUAUAAAUGUAGUGAAUGUGAAAAGUCUUUUACAAAUAGCACUCAUCGCAAAUAUCAUCAGAGAGUUCACACAGGAGAAAAUCCUUAUAAAUGCAGUGAAUGUGGAAAGUCUUUUACCAGUCACCCUGGGCUCCAAUAUCAUCAGAGAGUUCACACAGGAAAAAAGCCUUUUCAAUGCAGUGAAUGUGGGAAAACUUUUACCACUAACAAACUCCUUCAUAGUCAUCAGAGAGUUCACAGAGGAGAAAAGCCUUUUCAAUGCAGUGAAUGUGGGAAAUCUUUUACCUGGAACAGUAAUCUUCGCCGUCACCAGAUAGUUCAUACAGGAGAAAAGCCUUAUAAAUGCAGUGAAUGUGGAAAGUCUUUUUCCCGUCGCCCUGGUCUCCAAUAUCAUCAGAGAGUUCACACAGGAGAAAAGCCUUAUAAAUGCAGUGAAUGUGGGAAAACUUUUACCAGUAACAAACUCCUUCAUAGUCAUCAGAGAGUUCACAGAGGAGAAAAGCCUUUUCAAUGCAGUGAAUGUGGGAAAUCUUUUACCUGGAACAGUAAUCUUCGCCGUCAUCAGGUAGUUCAUACGGGAGAAAAGCCUUAUAAAUGCAGUGAAUGUGGAAAGUCUUUUUCCCGUCGCCCUGGUCUCCAGUAUCAUCAGAGAGUUCACACAGGAGAUAAACCUUAUAAAUCCAGUGAAUGUGGGAAAUCUUUUAAAAGUAGGAAAGGUCUUCAAUAUCACAGAGCUCACACUGGAGAAAGCCAUUAUGAGUGCAAUUAAUGUGAGAUAUCUCUCAGUCUAAUUUGUAAAUUAGCUUUACAGAAAAGAGUCUGGAUGUGAUAAGGUUUUUAGAUGUGUAGGAAAUGCAGUUUGUUACUUAGGACUUCACAAUUGUAUAAGAAAAUAAGUAAAGUCUCAUUAGUCUGAAUUAAUAUCUCGUGCAUUUGAUCACCUACAUUAUGUAAUGUCCCCACAACUGUUUCUGCUGUUCUAUUUCUUUGUUUUUAUUUUGGAAGUAUACGUAUCUAUGUUGAACUUUCUAACAUACAGAGAUGUCCUGCCAUAUCUGUCACUGCAUAUUUCUGUUACUGAAGGUAUUUCCCCUGAUCCACCGAUAUUUUAGCAUCCUAUAAAGUCCCUAUAGAUGACAUCAGUCACCAUCCUCAUGGGCCCAGGGAAGCUAACUGUGUUGUCAAAUUUGUUGAAGAAAAUAGGAGUACCUCAUCCCUUAGUCCUUACUUGUAUCUCUGCCAUGAGUCGAAACAUGGGACUGAUUACUGUUGGCGCCAGUAAACAUUACAUGGAAGAUCUACCAUUUUGAUGGACACACUUUCCUACAUGCUAAUGUUGAGUUUAUGUAUUGAGUGCCUAAUUCAUCAAAGGGAGAAAUGCCGGUCUCAGGUGUCUUUCUUUGUAAAAUAAUGAAGGCUUUUUACUAGGACUUCUUUAAUGCUGGGUGUUCUAUUUACUGUGUGGGUAGUUUAUUAGAAGAUCGGGGCUCUCCAAGCAUGAUGAGGUAAAAACUUUUAUGGGGUCUCAAACCUUUUUUCCCUUGGGGAAAGACUAUGGUGCAGAGAUUAGUUCAGCAGUUUUUGCCAAAUUUACAUUGCUGCCGAUAAUUUUGCAGGAAACAAUGUAGACUCUCUAGUCCUCAUGUGAAAAUGGAUGCUUUGAGACACAGAAGUCACCACCCAAAAGAGGUGGUAGCUGUGACAACCUCAAGUAUGUCUGGGAGCAGCGUGAUUAUUUUUGUUUUCAAGGGAUGCUAAGACAUUUGAAGAGAUUCUUUCCCCCACGUGUUGUGGAGGGCCAUGUGCCCUAAGGCCUUCAAUUCCAUGGGUGACGGGCACUGGUUGGAGGACCAUCGCAGUGAGGACCUUCACUGCAGAAAUACUGACCUAAUUCCAUUACAGGGAGUGGACUUCAUCUAAAUCUGCACCCAGAACUUUUUUUGAGGAAAAGACUACAGGAGCAGUCUGUACACAGAUCUGCGGGACUCCUGGCAUGUUUAUCUUCUGUUCAGCAGUCAUUGUCAUUGAUUAUAAUCAAGAGGUUUUGUGGUUUCUUGUAGCUUCUCAGAUAUUCCCAUCAGAGCCAUUGGUGCGCUGGCAGCAAAAUUAAGGGUAAAAUAAAGUGUGUCUUUAGGCCAGAGAUGUGGCUUUUGAGACCCAGUCAACAUUGCAGUGGAUUUGGGUGAAAGUUCUUCAUUGUUUGUUACAUUUUCUGUCACUGAGAUGAGAUUCGCCCACAGGGCAUAAGAAUGUGGAUUGAGCCAAAACCGGUUUCGCUCAGUGGAUAGAGCGUCAGCCUGCGGACUGAAGGGUCCCGGGUUCGAUUCCGGUCGAGGGCAUGUGCCUGGGUUGUGGGCAUAUCCCCAGUGGGAGAUGUGCAGGAGGCAGCUAGUCGAUGUUUCUCUCUCAUCGAUGUUUCUGGAUCUCUAUCUCUCUCCCUUCCUCUCUGUAAAAAAUCAAUAAAAUAUAUAAAAAAAAAGAA